GUGUGUGUGUGUGUGUAUAUACUUAUAUAUAUAUACGCGUGUUAAGCUAAGACAGUUACCAGUCUUCCACCGUCUACAGCAAUGAUGAGGACAGCCAGUAUCGUGGUUAUGGUGACAGCCAUGGCGGCUGCACUACCGUCAGAAGAUCGCUAUAUCGACAAGCCUACUACGGCUAACCAACUGCUUGAUAACAUUGCGGAAAAAGCAGCCGAAAACAUUGGAAAUCUCGGGUGGAAUGUAUCCAAAAAUGUACAGAACGGCGAAACAAAUCUGCCAAUGCAUAACGAUACCAACAGCGUCACCAAUGAGGUUGUUGACGUGAUAAAUGCCUUUAUUACUGGCCUCGACUCCCUCAGACGAUCCAAGAAAGCUUCUCUCAACGCAGAUCAGACUGAACUGACGGGUACAUUGGUGGUAGAGGAUGCUACAGUCACAGGCUCCUACAGUGCCUCUUUCCCGGGCGUGGGUGUGGCUCCUUCCCAGGACAUACAAGGAAGCGUGUCCGAGACUGUGCAAAAACUGUUCGCUGACAUUGUAAUCAGAGUUGCCGAUGUUAAUGGAGUUCUGGUGCCACAAAAUAUCCAGAGCUACCAAGUGCGUUCUGGUCAUGAUGAGGUCAAUGUUAGUGGUCUGGGGGAGAAUAAUGCCAUGGAGCCGCUUCAUACUGCUGGUUUCAGGAAGGCUUUGCGCCAGAUUCUUGAGGAUACUAUGAAGAAAAAUGUGAAAGUGCAGAUUAAUAAGGCAAUUCAAAGUAUUAAAACAGAAGCUUCUUCUAAGUAAUAAGUAAUCAUUCUUUUAAUGUUAAAAGACAGACUAUACAAAAUGAUAUGUAAUUCUGGGACACCGAGGGACCAUUAAAACGCAACGCAAAGUU